AUGAGCGGGCACGAGAUGCAAAAGCGUGGGCAUGUGUGUGUAUUCGCCUUGGUAGCGUGCAUUGCGCUGCUAGUGAUACCGGGUGCCCAGGCAGCGUCUUUAUCUACAAAGAUAAUUCCACACAAGAAAUCUUGCUUUUAUUCCUGGGUCGACCAAGUGCACGAAAAGGUUGGAUUCUACUUUGCUGUUCAGGAAGGCGGCGACUUUGACAUUGAUUAUUCAAUUGUAGCGCCAUCCAACAAGGUCAUUCUCGAAGGCAAAAAAUCCUCGCAGGAAGACUUUGUCUUUACGGCGAAUGAGUUUGGCGAAUACACAUUUUGCUUCGACAAUGUAGGGAGCUCCAAAGAGGAUAAGAUGGUUGACUUCGACAUAACAGUGGAGUCGGAGCCGCGUUCAGAACUUCCCAUUACAAAAGCGGCGCUUCUUGCAGACAAAUCCACCCCGGUUGAAAACUCCAUGUCGAAGCUGGAUUCCGACCUGGCGGCGAUUGAGCGGACACUUCGCUUUUUCCGUAUGCGCGAAAACCAAGGAUUUAGUCUGGUGGAGCUUACGAAACAACGCAUUCUACGCUUCAGCAUCCUAGAGAUGCUUGCGAUUGUGGGCAUUUCUGUGGGGCAGGUCGCAUUUGUGCGCUUCCUGUUCGACCGGAGCGGAGGAACGCGCUACAGCGUCUGA